AUGGCAGAUCCAUCCGCAUACACUUACCCGUCACCUCUUGCAGGCUUUGAGCACGCGCCGCCUCUACCAGACGGGUUCAGCGAUGACGGCAAGUCAUACAAGAAUCCUCCAGCUGAAAAUGGCCAGUCGAAAGCAUACAGUGAAUUCACGUCGGGCGUGACAAACGGCACGCGAGGAGGCUUCGACGUCCACGUAUACUACUUCCAGAACAGCGACUUCCAGAAGAAAUAUGCCCAGGAGCUCUGGCAAAGGAUACGCUACGAGUUCCCAGAAUUACGCAUCUACAAGUUCUGGGAGAAGCCGGUUGGACCGCAUCCAUACGCAAUGUUUGAGGUCAACAUAUUCACUCCUGAGCAGUUUGGCGCAUUCAUUCCCUGGCUGGUGAUCAACCGUGGUCCGCUCAGCGCAUUACUGCACCCAAACUGCGACGAUCAUGAUCAUGUCAGAGAUCAUACUCAGCGAGCGACGUGGCUGGGUGAGAAGGUCCCGCUCGACGUUGGCAUGCUGAGAGCUGUCAUGGAGAAGCAGUCGAAAGAGCCACCGAAGACGUCAUCUUGA